GCAGUAGUGUAAACGGAAUAAGUGCACCGCACCGAACGCAAAUAAAAACACCGUCGUAAUGGCUGGCCUGGUACAGGACUGUUUCUCUAUCGGCAGUACGGUAGAGUGUACGACCUGCUACAAUGCCAACAUCGAGGGCGAGGUGUUGGCGUUCGACCAGCAAACGAAAAUGCUCAUACUAAAAUGCCCAGCAGCGAGUAAAACAGCCAAACUGAACGACGUCUACAUCGUCAAUCUGGCCAUGUGCAGCGAUGUUCAGGUGAAAAAGGAAGUCUGCAUAGUUCCGGAGCAACCGCUGUCGUUAAAUCUGGAGCGCCUGAGCACCCGCGCCCGGAAUCAGGUGGAACAGAAACGACUCCAGCUAACUGCGCUUUCUGCCGGCGUCAGUCCCGAAGGUCAGAACCUUUACAUGGCUAUCGCACGCACUAUCAAACAGGUCACCUGGUCCGGUCCAAAUAUUGUGGUCUGUAAAGAGGUAACGAUAACGCCUCCAUACAAAGUAGACAACGUGAACAGUUCUGACCAGCGGCAGCUGAGCUACGUAAAGAAAAUUGUGGAAAAGCAUGAAAACGAUCAAGCCAAUAUAAAUCAAAGCACAUCGGUGGCGGACAUUGCCGCCAACUGAUUCCUCUCACCGCGUGCGAGGAAACGA